AGUAGUAGUAGUAGUAAUAGUAGUAGUAGUAGUAGUAGUAGUAGUAGUAGUAGUAGUAGUAGUAGUAGUAGUAGUAGUAGUAGUAGUAGUAGAAGUAGUAAAAGGGAUAUGCUAGCACUUCCCCCAAGACUGGGUGGGAUGGGGAUCACCAACCCUGAGAAGCUGGCAGAUAAGGAGAACCAAAACUCCAUCAGCCUUACCAGGUCACUCAUCAACAGGAUCAUCGCUCAGGAGGCAGAGGGCGAGAUAGACCAAACAUAAAUAAGAGAUAUUAAAAGAAAAAUCUCAGAAGAAAGGCAACAGGCCCAAAAAGACGAGCUGGACCGUCUUACACACCACCUGUCCACAGAAAUGGGUAGAAAAAUACACACAGCACAGGAGGCAGGCGCCUCUAACUGGCUAACGUCAUUACCAAUCAGAGCAAAGGGCUUCAGCCUCAACAAACAAGAAUUUGUCGACGCCAUUGCUCUGAGAUAUGGCUGGCCGAUUUAGGGACUGCCUGAUCUCUGUGCAUGUGGAUCACCAAAUGAUGUCACCCACACCAUGACAUGUAAAAAAGGAGGCUUCGUCUGUAUUCGACACGAUGAAGUGAGGGAUCUGACAGCCAGCAUGCUUGGGGAGGUAUGCCAAGAAAUCACCACCGAGCCGGCACUGCUUCCCCUGGACGGCGAACACCUUCGGUACAGGACAGCCAAUACCUCACAGGAGGCACGGGUUGAUGUAAGUGCCCGCGGAUUCUGGGUGCGCGGACAGCGGGCGUUCAUGGACAUCCGCAUAUUCGACCCGAUGGCUGCCUGUCACCGUGAGCUGCCCCUGCAAGCCGCCCACCACAGGAACGAGCAGGAGAAGACAAGGGCAUACGGUGAAAGAAUCCAUCAUGUGGAUCAGGGCAGCUUCACCCCCCUCGUCUUCACCACAUCCGGCGGGAUGGGUCCCAGGGCCCAAUGCUUCUACACACGCCUCGCGGAACUAGUCUCAGAAAAGAAGCAACAGCCAAGGAGCCACGUUGUCGCCUGGAUGAGGUGUCGCCUCUCGUUCUCCCUGCUCAGGUCGGCCAUCCUAUGUCUCAGGGGCACCAGACACUCUGGCCCAAAAGCCACCACCAUCUCCAAUAUGGACUAUGAAGCCACAGUGGUGGAGAGUGACAUUAGGGUGGGUCGGGAGUGACUUGAGUAGGGAAGGAAAGGGGGAUCUAGACGUAAUAGAUGAUAGGUGAUUUAGUGUCAGGUAGUAUUAGUGAUAUGGUUGGA